GUUUAAUCGUUCAUCGAACAACUAGCUUCAACGCACGCAUUUUUCACGUCUACAACACAGACCUCUCUAAAAAAAACAAUCUUCAAAAUGUUCAGAUUGGUGGUGUUGUCCGUUGUUCUUGCUGUUGCCGCUGCUGCCCCGAGUGCUACCGUGUACGCAUCUGCGCCACUGGCAUACACCUCGUACGCCGCUGUUCCUGCCGUAGUUGCCCAGAAGGAGAUCUCCUAUCAGAAGAGCAUCAUCGAAGAGCCAGCCAUUGCCCAUGUUGGAAACAUUGAAAAGAAAAUCCCAACUGGAUACUCGCACCAGAGCUUCACUCAGUACCACAACAAGCAGGUUGCCGAGGAAGUUUAUGCCCCAGCUGUGAAGAAGACCAUCGUCGAGACCCCUGUCGAGAAGACCUCCUACCACACUGUGGCUACACCAGCUAUCCAGACCACCUACGUUCAGCCUGCCCCAGCUGUGACCUACGCCGCUGCCCCAAUUGCCAAGCACGCCUAUGUUGAAGCUGCCCCAGCUCUGACCUAUGCUGCCGCACCUGCUUACACCUAUGCCGCGGCUCCAGCUUACAGCUAUGCCGCUGCGCCAGCUCUGACCUACGCCGCUUCCCCAAUCGCCUACACCGGAAGCUACUACAGCGGUGUCCCAGCCGUGUACGCCAAGCACUAAGCAGUUGACUGUCAAACAAAACUCGGAACGUCGCCCGCGUAAUUAUUUUUCUUUUGUUCGCCUUUUGGAUUGUUUAGUGAAAGAUGAGGAAAAUAAAAAAAAUAUCGACUGGAUAGUAAUGUAAAUUGAAA